AUGGAUUCUCAUCAUCUCCAAUCUUUCUUUGUGCUUGUUAUGGUCACUUUGUCAACAUUUCUGAUCCCUACCCUUGCAACCCUGACUCCUGAUUAUUAUGACACAGUUUGCCCUCAGGCAUUGCCAAUCAUAAAGGCAGUUGUUAAGCAGGCAAUUAUUCGUGAAAGACGCAUAGGAGCAUCCUUACUGCGCUUGCAUUUCCAUGACUGCUUUGUUAAUGGCUGUGAUGGAUCAGUUCUGCUAGAUGACACCCCUUUCUUCAUUGGAGAGAAGACUGCACUUCCAAAUAACAAUUCAAUUAGAGGUUUUGACGUGGUUGAUGAAAUUAAAGCAGUUGUUGACAGAGUUUGCAAACGUCCUGUGGUAUCAUGUGCUGAUAUCUUAGCUAUAGCAGCGCGUGAUUCUGUUGCCAUAUUGGGAGGUACACAAUAUUGGUACAAGGUGUUAUUAGGAAGAAGAGAUGCAAGAAAUGCAAGCAGGGAUGCUGCAAAUCUCAAUCUUCCUGCCCCUUUUCUCAACAUCUCACAGCUUAUUUCUAAUUUUCAGUCUCAUGGGCUAGACCUUAAAGACCUAGUGGUCCUAUCUGGUGGCCACACUAUUGGAUUUGCCAGGUGCAGUUCCUUUCAGGACAGGAUCUUCAAUGACACAAACAUAGACCAAAAAUUUGCAGCCACUUUGCGUAAGACAUGUCCUCUAGGUGGUGACAACAACAAUUUAGCACCACUGGAUGCGAGUACUCCUGCUAGAGUUGACACCUCAUACUAUACAAAUUUGUUAUAUGGAAAGGGUCUGCUUCAUUCUGAUCAGGAGCUCUAUAAGGGUGAUGGUUGUGGUGAAAGUGACAGAUUGGUUCAGCUAUACAGCAACGACCCUUAUGCUUUUGCCAGAGACUUUGGAGAUUCCAUGAUCAAGAUGGGUAACAUGAAGCCUCUUACUGGGACAAUGGGAGAGGUAAGGUGUAAUUGCAGAAGAGUCAACUAG